AUGGCCGGAUGGCUAGGGGCUUUGCUGCAGCACGCCGCAAGGCGCAGCAGUGAGGUGGAUUGGUGCGCCGCAAGCGGUGGUAUCCACUGUACCUCCGAGCUUGGCUGGCGUUUCUUCACUGCUUGCGGCUUGGAGCGGAAUGUGCACUGGUGGCGCUAUGACUUUGAAGCCUUAGCACUGCCCAGUCUGACCGCCCUUGGAGCCAACGCCCGUCACAUCCUGGUGCUGGGCGGAGUCUCCGGUGGUGGAGUGAUCAACUCGUUCCUUCAGAGCAGCGAUGUGGAAGAAGUGCUGUGGGUUAGUGAGAUGAAAAGUGUCAUCAAAGCUGCUGCGCGCUGCGUGCCGUCGCUCAGCUGGUUGGCUCGUCCUGAGCCCAGGCUUCGAGUGGUGCACCUUGACACCCAGGAGUUCUUGCGCUCGGCAGCUGUCAAUGCUGGAUACUUUGACAUCGUGGUUCAGGACACCCUGUCCCUCUACAGAGACGAGAAGCGCGAGCGCUCCCAUUGGAGCGAUGUCACUGAGGACUACUUCGCAGCAUGGCGCCUGGAGGCGCCAUUUGAUCCUGAACAUUCCUGA